CAAAUGUAACGCGAGAAACAUCCUUUUGCAUCUGGCCAGUGGAGUAGAUCAUUGGGAUUUUAUUUUCUCAAUUUUUCGCUAAAAUUUCAUAGUUUUUCGCUCAAUUCAAAUGAAUUAACAUUCGGUGGGGAGUGAUUUUGACCGGAGUACAAAGAAUCAUGGAAAAAAGGUGGCAGCUGACAACGAUUCUGGCGGUGGCUUUGCUACAAUGCUGUUCGGUGCAGAGUUUCUACGUUCCUGGGGUGGCCCCGGUUGAGUUCCGGAAGGGGCAGAAGAUUGACGUGAAGGCGGUCAAGAUGACCAGCACCCACACUCAGCUGCCGUACGAGUACUACUCGUUGCAGUUCUGUUUGCCGAAGAACGGAACCCUGGUGUACAAGAGUGAGAAUCUCGGAGAGGUGCUGCGGGGCGAUCGGAUCGUCAAUACGCCGUAUGAGGUCCGGAUGGCGGAAAACGUCCGCUGUAAGCUGUUGUGUAACAGUAAAGAUCGUCCGAUGAACUGGGACCGGGAGCAGUCGGAAAAGGUGGCCGAGCGAAUUCGACACGAGUAUUUCGUGCAUUUGAUUGUAGAUAAUUUGCCGGUAGCUACCAAGUUUGUCAACCCGGACACGAAUGAGCAGCAGUUCGAACACGGAUACCGUCUGGGACUCAUGGACGGCAACAAUGUGUACAUUAACAAUCACCUGAAGUUCCGACUGUUCUAUCACAUGCACAGCGAGAACCAAUAUCGAGUGGUGGGUUUUGAGGUGGAAACCCUAUCUAUUCACAAGGAUCAGCUUAGCUUCGAAGGAGAAACGUGCAGUUUCCCGGAGAGUCCGCGGCCACAGCCCGUUUCGGUGCACGCUGGUCAUACGCAGCUCUUCUUUACCUACUCGGUCGAGUGGAAGGAAUCGUCGGUGAAAUGGGCCUCCCGGUGGGACAUCUAUCUCGGCAUGAACGACGUUCAGAUCCAUUGGUUCAGCAUUAUCAACUCGCUGGUGGUGGUGUUCUUCCUGUCCGGUAUUCUCACAAUGAUUAUGGUGCGAACACUUCGCCGGGACAUUGCCAAAUAUAACACGGAUGAUAGCGUCAACAUUGAAGACACCCUGGAGGAAACCGGCUGGAAGCUAGUCCACGGGGAUGUCUUCAGACCCCCACGGCAUCCGAGGCUGUUCGCUGCCGUCAUCGGUAGCGGAAUCCAGGUAUUCUUCAUGGCUAUGAUCACGAUCAUUAUUGCCAUGCUGGGAAUGCUGUCUCCGUCAUCCAGAGGAGCCCUGAUGACGGCCGGAAUCAUGCUUUAUGUGUUCAUGGGAUUGAUCGCGGGUUAUUUCUCCGCUCGUUUGUACAAAACCAUGAAGGGACGUAACUGGGAACGAGCAGCUUUCCUGACAGCGACUUUGUUCCCGGGACUCGUGUUCGGAACCUGCUUCAUCCUGAACUUCUUCAUCUGGGAUCGGAACUCGAGUGGCGCCGUUCCGUUCGGCACAAUGGUGGCCCUGCUGUGUCUGUGGUUUGGAAUCUCAUUGCCCCUGGUGUACCUGGGAUAUUACUUUGGUUUUAGGAAACAGGCUUAUCAACAUCCGGUUCGGACCAAUAUGAUUCCCCGGCAAAUUCCGCACCAGCACUGGUACAUGAACCUGGGCCUUUGCGUGCUGAUGGCCGGAAUCCUGCCGUUCGGGGCCGUUUUCAUCGAACUGUUUUUCAUCUUUUCGGCCAUCUGGCAGAACCAGUUCUACUAUCUGUUCGGCUUCUUGUUCCUCGUGUUCUGCAUACUGGUGGUCAGUUGUGGACAGAUAUCAAUCGUUAUGACGUACUUCCAGUUGUGCGCUGAGGACUAUCGCUGGUGGUGGCGAAGUUUCAUCGUGUCAGGCGGCUCAGCUGUGUACAUUCUUUUCUACAGUAUAUUCUACUUCUUUACCAAACUCGAGAUUACGGAAUUCAUUCCCACCUUGCUGUAUCUAGGGUACACUGGUCUCAUGGUGAUCACAUUCUACAUCCUAACGGGAACAAUCGGAUUUUUCGCAGCGUACAGCUUUAUCCGUAAGAUUUACGGUGCAGUGAAGAUUGACUAAGCAUCCAGAUACGCCCAGAGGCAACCUUGAGCUAUUAACAUUAACGAACGAUAAUCGAUGUGAGCGUGCGUGAGUUUCGGCUGAGUGAGUAAAAUUUAUUGAUUUUAAGACUGCUUGUUGACGAGUGUGGCGAGAAUAAUAGUGUCAUUAUGUUAUAUAUGGGAAUGAGUGCAACGACGAUUAGUUUUGAGCGACAUUUCUCAUCUCACUGAUUUGUUUUUAAUUCUUUUGCCAAAUCACUGCUUCUCGAUGAUGUCGUUAGACGAGUAAAUUAUAUGUUGUACCUACCUUAGGAGCUAAUUAUGCAACAAAGUGCGCAGAAUCGGUCGGUGAUCAUAAAGUGACUAAGUUUUAGAUGUGGUUGUUCCAUGAUCCAAUGGUAAAGCCGCAGAGAGCAUCAGACAUAAUGUAAACUAAACUCAGUUUGUGUGUAAGAUCGUCUCAAUCGCAAAAUGGAUUGAACAUUGGAUAUAAAUUCUUAAAGUACUACUAAAA